AUAAACUGGUACAAGCCGUACCACUGGCAGUAGACAAGGGGAUUCGUGCUUCUCUCCUCCGCUUCGUCAGUGCGCAUGGAUGAAAGUCACAGUUAAAAUGCAUGCAGCAAGUCUUGUCUGAUGUGGGAUUACCGCGUUUUUAUUCGCUCCCGUUUCCUGACCAUGCAUGAACUUUGUUUACGGCUUUUUCUCCGAGAUGAGACUGCUAAUUUCUACACCUGGAAGAAUACAAGACCCCGUUUUGCAGCGCCGCUUGUCACGUUAUUGGCGUGAAUGAGACUGUAUGUGCUCUCCAAUGCCUGGUAUAUGGAGCUAAACACAGAGAAGACUUGACUUUAAGGAUUUUCUUUUUUUUUUUUCUUUCUUUUCUUUUUUUUUUCCUUCUGAUUUUUUUUUUCACAGCCGACGAAAGGGCGGACGGCGGCGAAAAUCUCGAAAUCCAUGUUUUCACUGAGGAUUGAGGGAAAAAGAAGGGGCACAGUCGUGAUUUUUCGGGAUGCUUUGGCGUUUACCGGGAUCAGCACGAUGACACCUCAUACUGGUACUGCACUUGAGUGAGCUGGGGCACCCUCUCCCACGAAAAAUGCAUAUCUGGAUCCUAAAAAUAAUCCUUCUGAUUGCAUCAUCUCUGAGGCUGGUCGAGAUGUAUGACAAUUAUGGGGAGAUCUGUCGGAACCUGUGUACGUGUGAGGAGAAGGAAGGGAUCCUGACGGUGAGCUGCGAGAAUCGGGGGAUUGUCAGACUGACAGAGAUCAGCCCGGUCCAUUUCUCCAUGUACCACCUCCUGCUGACGGGGAACCUCCUGAAGAAGCUGUCAGUCAAUGAUUUCAUCAAUUACACUGGGGUGACCAUCCUGCACUUGGGGAACAAUGACAUCUCUGAGAUAGAGUCAGGUGCCUUCAACGGACUCCAGGGAUUAAAAAGAUUGCACCUGAAUAACAACAAGAUUGACAUUCUGAGGGAUGAUACGUUUGCGGGAUUGGAGAGUUUGGAAUACCUUCAGAUUGAUUACAAUUACAUCAGCAUCAUCGAGCCCAACGCCUUGAGCAAACUGCACCAACUGACGGUGAUGAUUUUGAACGACAACUUGCUGUCUGCCAUGCCUCCGAAUAUCUUCCGGAAUGUUCCCCUGACGCACUUGGACCUGAGGGGGAACCGGUUAAAAAUGUUCCCUUACAUCGGCCUCCUGGAGCACAUGGACAAAGUGGUGGAAUUACAACUGGAGGAGAAUCCGUGGAAUUGCUCCUGCGAGCUCAUUGCUCUGAAGGCUUGGCUGGAGAGCAUAGCCUAUACAGCCCUGGUGGGGGAGGUGGUGUGUGAGACGCCGUUCAGGCUCCACGGCAGAGAUUUGGAUGAGGUAUCCAAGCAGGAACUCUGCCCGAGAAGACCCUUGGAAGACACGGUGAGGCCUGCGCCGCCUCUCAGCACCAAUGGAUAUUACCAGACCACGCCUGCUGCUGUCACAGCCUCCGCCACCUCCUCGGCUGUUUUGAGGUCCUCCUCUAGACCCACCAAGGGCACACGCCAAGUUAACAAAAUGAGGCCAAAGCCCACCUCCCGAAUAUCAGGUGGCAACCCUUACAACUAUGGCCCCAUCAUUGCUUUUCAGACCAAAUCUCCUGUGCCUUUGGACUGCCCCACUGCCUGUACAUGUAAUUUGCAGAUAUCUGACCUUGGGCUAAAUGUCAACUGCCAAGAGAGAAAGAUUGAGAGUAUUUCUGAUCUUAAACCCAAGCCAUACAAUCCUAAAAAAAUGUAUCUGACGGGAAAUUACAUCCCUGUGGUGCGGAGAUCAGAUUUUGUCGAUGCCACUGGAUUGGAUUUGCUUCACCUGGGAAACAACAGGAUAACCCUGAUCCACGACCGAGCUUUUGGGGAUUUAACCAACCUGCGUAGGCUGUAUUUAAAUGGUAAUCUUAUGGACAGACUUACAGCAGAAAUGUUUUUUGGUUUGCAGAACCUACAGUAUCUUUAUUUAGAGUAUAACAAAAUCAGAGAGGUUGAUAUGGGCACUUUCCAGUACCUUCCUAACCUACAGCUGCUUUUCCUCAACAAUAACCUCCUGAAAACAUUACCAGGGGGCAUCUUUGCCAGCCUUUCCUUGUCUAGGCUUAAUCUCCGCAGCAACCAUUUCCAAAACCUGCCUGUGAGUGGUGUUUUAGAUCAGCUGAAGCUGCUGGUGCAAAUAGAUCUGUUCGAGAACCCGUGGGACUGCUCCUGUGACAUAGUGGGGAUGAAGAUAUGGCUUGAGCAGCUCAGUGCAGGCACCGUGGUUAACGAGGUUGUGUGUGAGACGCCGAAACGCCACAGCGGAAUGGACCUGCGCUCCAUCCAGUCGGAGCAGCUGUGCCCAGAUUACUCUGACGUUCCUGUGUCAACAGCUCCCCCUACGGACGAGCCCGUGGAUGACAGGGCCACUACCACAGACACCCCACAGAGGUUCAACACCCCUAGCAGCUCUGUCCCUCUCUCUGUCCUCAUCCUCAGCCUCCUGCUUGUUUUCAUCAUGUCUGUCUUUGUGGCAGCAGGGCUUUUUGUUGUGGUGAUGAAAAAGCGCAAAAAGUCACAGAGUGACCGCACUAGCACCAACAAUUCAGACGUCAGUUCAUUUAACUUGCAGUACAGCCUCUACAGCAACCGCUCUGGUCCAAAAGUGAAAGCCCCAGCUGGCCACGUCUAUGAGUAUAUCCCGCAUCCCAUGGGCCAUAUGUGCAAAAAUCCCAUUUACAGGUCAAGGGAAGGAAACACUGUGGAGGAUUACCGUGACCUCCAUGAGCUCAAGGUGACAUACAGGAGUAACCCAGAUGAGGAGAGGGAUAGCAAUACAAUGAGGAGCCCCACGUACAGUGUUAGCACCAUCGAGCCACGUGAGAACCCCUCCCCUGUCCAGGAUGCAGAUCAUUUCUUCAGAGGAAUUCUCGAGCCCGAUAAGCAGUCCCCCCAUCAAUCCAUCCCAUCCAUCCCAGCAGGUGCCAAUUUAGAGUACAAGUACACAGGGCCUGUGUCAUACACGUACAACCCAAACUUUGAUGUCAGACGUCAGUUCUUGCACCCGGAGAGGAUAAGAGAAACGGUGCUCUAUGGCACAGCGCCCAGUACUGUUUAUGUUGAGCCCAACAGAAAUGAAUAUUUGGAGCUUAAAGCUAAACUGCAGUCUGAGCCCGAUUACCUCGAAGUUCUUGAGAAACAGACCACCUUUAGUCAGUUCUGAGCAACAGAACCGUAAAUGUAAUGAAGCAUUUUUCUCUCUUACCCUCCUUAAAACAGUGGCUCAGUUUAUAGGGUGCCUUGGCACAACACAAACAAACAAAAGAGAAGCAGUUGAAACGGGGUGUGCCGAACAGUCUUAUUCUUAUUUCUGAACAUGACAUUAACAGGAAUGGAUACAGCUUUCUGAAACAAAAAUGGAUGAACAAAAUUGCUCUACUUAACUGAUGAUGCAAAAUCUAUUUUUCUAUGGUGAAGAUCGAAUUACACACAAAAUGUAAGUGUACAGGUAAAUCUUACCCAGCUUCAUUUUCAGGAAUAUAACCAUACAUAAGGUAUAUUGUGAAUCAGAAAGAAAAAAAAAAUGUUUAUAAAACUGUUCCUGGACAAAAAAACAAAAAAACAAAAACAAAACAAAACAAAAAAAAAAAAAAAACACUGUACAGCAGAUCAUCAAAACUGUGUAGGACUAUUUUCUGCUGUAGUCUGUAAGUAAGUAUUUAUUGAUAUAAUCUGCCAUGUCUUUUCAAAACUUUUGAUUCUACAUCAAUAUUACCUGUGUCAUCAUACUCCAUGAUCCUCUGAAAAGGCUUAUGUUCGUAGUUUCAUUUACUGUAGCUCUGCAUUGUAAAAGUGGCUUUUUUUGAAAGUGGCACACCCCCAAUGUUCAAAAAAGACUGCGUCAUUUGAAGAAGCAGCAGCAGAAGAAGAAGAAGAAGAAGAAGAAAAAAGUGUCUUUGUAUGCUUUCUGCACUUUUUGGAAUUAGAAGGCAAGUUAGCCUUCAUGAGCUCUCAUAAAGGAGAUUAUUAUAUUAAAAAUGAAUAUGGGUAUUCAUUCUUAAUAUGUAGAAUUGAUAUGUUAUCAAAACAAAAUUCAUAAAUGAUAUUUGAAGUAAUAAUUAUGUUGUGUAAUACUGAUAUUUUAAUCAAUGUAACACCUAUUUUUAUACAAGCAUUCGCAAAUUCUCUAUCCCUUAUCAAUUUUAUUUGUUUUGAUUGCUUUGCACUUAUUGCACUAUAUUGACCAAACUAUGUUAUUGUCAUCAAAUAAACAUGAUGUCAGGUUCAUAUAA